AUGAAACGUUUUAGCUUUCUGAUUUUUGUGCUGAUGAUCAGUAUAUUAUAUUGGAAAGGGUUAAGCGGACAGGAUGUACAGCCAGCACCAGAUGAUCCUGAAGUACAGCGGGAGAAACAUGCACUCUUCUUUGCCGCAAGGAAGAACUGUGCUAUGGAGUUCCUCGUACCUUAUGGUAAGUCUAUUGCUCUUUUAACCGUGCUAAGCAUUUGCUUUGGUUCUGUUGUGGCUCUCGAGGAUCGUGCUAAGGAUAAUGGCGAUAUAUACAUUGUAAACUACGAUAGCUUCGAUGGCGAUAUGGAUGAUAUAUCGACCACUACACAGGCGCCGAGAGAUCCCAAUUUUAUUGAUUUUGAUGAGAUUUCGCGAAUUUGCAAUGAAAGCUUUAUUACGUCCUUAUCUAACACUCUGCUGUUUAAUACCACGGGAAAGCUGUUGGAUGAAAAUGACAAGACAAGCAUGUGCUAUUUCCGCUGCUUCUUCGAAAAGUCAGGAUUUAUGGAAAACUUUAAAUUGAAUGUAGAAAUGGUGCGCAAAUAUCUGUGGCCAGCAACUGGUGAUUCCAUUGAUCACUGUGAAUCGGAGCGCAAGGACGAACUCAAUGCUUGCGUCAGAGCUUUCGCUAUUACCCAGUGCCUCAUGCUGCGAGCCUUGACCGAUGCCAGAAACAUGCCCACGGUUUAAAUACUAGGAAACAAGCGGAACCAUGCUGAUGAUGACAAAUUCAUAUUACCACAAUGUUGUGUAGAAAAUUACAAAUAGUUUAUAGAAUGUUACUAAAUAUAUAUACUUAUAUAGCCACGGCCGGGCACAGAGUAUUAA